AUGGACUUUAAAUCUUGCCUUAUUGUUUUCUUGAUAUUGUUCUUGGCCCUGGUGGUUGCUAAGGCUUCGACUGCAGAUAACUCUGAAGAAUACUUGAGCUUAGGUAAUGCUGCAGAAGGAAACUUUACUGGAGAAGACGAUGAAUCAAACCCUAACCCUAAUAAUAAUGAAUCAUUAUCCGAAGAUUUCCGCCCCAAGUUCAUAAGCUAUGAAGCUCUCAGGGCAAACACAAUCCCAUGCAGUUUAAGGGGACGAUCCUAUUACGAUUGUCGUAUGAAGACAACAGUGAAUCCUUAUCGUCGGGGUUGUAGCGCCAUUACACAUUGUAGAAGAUUAACAGAUUAG